UUCUAUGUCACUCUUUUUUGUUCUAUGGUUACCGUUGGGAAUUUAUUCUAUUAAGUUCUUGUUUCAUUCAGCUUCUCUCUUAAAAUUGUAUAAUCCAAUGACGAAAAAGUCAAAACACAUUAUUCUCAGUUUGACCUUUCUCCUACUUUUCUUAUCCACCGUCUUUUCAUCUCAUAAAACGCAGCGUUUUACUUCCUCCGAUGACAUCACUGAGCUCGUCAUCGUCUCAUUAAACCAAACCAUCUCAAAGGUCAAUCUCUCUUCUUCAAACUUCUCCGACCUCCUAAACCGUCUAGGCUCUAACCUAAGCCAUCGUGAUCGCUGCGCAUUCGAUGACUGUCUCGAGCUAUUCGAUGACACCGUCUUUGAUCUCACUACCGCAGUAUCUGAGCUCCGGUCUCAUUCUCCGGAGCUCCAUAACGUCAAAAUGUUUCUCAGCGCCGCGAUGACGAAUACAAGAACGUGUCUCGAUGGUUUUGCUUCUAGCAACAACGACGAGAAUUCGAAUAAUAAUAAUAAGACAUAUGGAGUGGCUGAGAGCUUGAAAGAGAGUCUUUUCAAUAUCUCUAGGCGCGUCAGCGACUCGUUAGCUAUGCUUGAGGAUAUUCCAGGGAAUAUUCCGGGGAAACUAGAGGAGGACGUUGGGUUUCCGAUGUGGGUCUCAGGGAGUGACCGGAACCUACUUCAAGAUCCGGUGGAUGAGACUAAGGUUAAUCUCGUGGUGGCUCAAAAUGGUACCGGCAACUACACAACCAUCGGCGAGGCCGUAUCUGCCGCUCCUAACUCGAGUGAAACCAGGGAAAAGACAAUGAUAAUGUUUAUUGGGGAUGGAAUCGGACGGACAGUAAUAAAAGCUAACCGCAGCUUUGCAGAUGGAUGGACAGCAUUUCACUCUGCUACCGUUGGCGUGAGAGGUAGUGGCUUCAUAGCUAAGGACUUGUCGUUCGUGAAUUAUGCCGGACUGGCUAAUCACCAGGCUGUGGCAUUACGAAGCAGCUCUGACCUCUCUGCUUUCUACCGAUGCAGCUUUGAAAGCUACCAAGACACUCUUUAUGUCCAUUCACACAAACAGUUUUAUCGAGAGUGUGAUAUAUAUGGCACGGUCGAUUUCAUAUUUGGUGAUGCAUCGGUUGUGUUCCAGAAUUGUAGUCUCUAUGCUCGUAGACCAAAUCCUAACCAAAAAAUCAUAUAUACCGCUCAAGGCCGGGAAAACUCAAGUCAACCCACUGGUAUUUCUAUAAUCAGUAGCAAGAUUUUGGCCGCACCAGACUUGAUCCCUGUGCAAGCCAACUUUAAAGCAUAUUUAGGUCGUCCGUGGCAACUAUAUUCUAGGACGGUUAUUAUGAAAUCGUUUAUUGGCGAUCUGGUGGAUCCUGCCGGAUGGUUGAAGUGGAAAGAUGAUUUUGCCCUUGAAACUUUAUACUAUGGAGAGUACAUGAAUGAAGGUCCCGGGUCGAACAUGACAAACAGGGUCCAAUGGCCUGGUUUUAAGCGUAUCGAAACCGCAGAGGAAGCAACACAAUUCUCUGUUGGUCCAUUUAUCGAAGGUAACAAAUGGCUUAACUCUACCGGAAUUCCUUUUACUAUUGAUCUCUGAUCUAAUCUUUAAAAUUUUGAUAAACAUGUAUGCGCAAAAUUUUGUUACUACUUUGCUCAUAGGAUUGUAAACACAGGAUCAAGUCUUUUAGACAUUUUUAUCACGGCUCAUUACUUGCAGAAUGCACACAUAUAUGUUCUUCCUCUUAUAAAAUCUUAAGUGUCUC